AAAUCUCCCUAAUCUUCUGGCUCCAUACCAGAAUAACUAACUCAGUGAAUCAGUGAUGUAUUCCAACAUGGCGGCCACAGUGACAGACGCGAGAACCGUCAAGUGAGUGACGCAAGAUGUCACCGGACAAACGCAAAAGGAGGAGAGAAGAUAGAAAAAAAAGGACUUGCCGUUAGUUUUUAAUAAAGUAUAAUAUAACAAUGAUCUCACAGUAUUUAUAGUGCUCAAGCUUUAAGACUGAUAGACUUUUUAAUACGGUAACUUGCAAAAGAAACCAUGAUCGCGUUGAAGAAGCUGUACGGUGACGAGUUGCUUCGUCUGGCUCUGGUGCUGAGUCUUCUCAAAGUGGAUCCGAACGACUAUUUAGAAUCGGAGACUCAGCAGCUCUUAGCUGGGCUCCACAUCUCCAACGGAUCCGACUGGGGCGACCAGGAAGCGAGAACUCUCAUCAGACCGAGAUUCGUCCACCCGAAAUCCCUGGACAACAUACUGAUCAACUACGAAAGACAACUGUUCGAGGAACUGAACUCGCUAGGUCGAUACGGGAGCUCGUUCAGCGAAAACAAUAUCCAGUGGAAUAAUCGGGGCCCUGUUUUGCAUACAUACUUAGUGAAUAAUGUGGCGACGGACACAGUAGUGCCCGAGCUCGCGGCGGCGAACGACACGAGCGACGGCGUGUCCGCCGACGACAAUGUCGCACAAGAGGUCAAAGUUGAAGACGUAGAGAGAGAAACACCCGACGUCGUCGUCACGCUCUCCGCUGACUACUUCAACAACAGAACAGAAGAAGAACACACGAAACCUGAUGAUUCUGAUGAAGACACAAAAGUUGAUGUCUUUGAAGCUUUCGAGGAAACUCCGAGUAGGAGAGCGGAAGCGGACAUCUUUGAAGAAAUAGCGACACGCACUUUUGAUGUCAACGACUUCUUCCAAUCUGAAGAGAUGCAGAUCAAAAAGGAACCCGAAGAGGUGUUGGAGGUCAGAGUUAAGAAGGAACAAGAAGAUCUGUACGACGAUAAUGCUAUGGACGAAUUCGUUCCUUACUUCACGGCUAAAGCAGAGAAAUUCCAAUAUGGAGAACCUAACUCUGUCUUUGACCAAAACCUUGCUGAUCUUCAAGACUAUGGCGAUAUUUUCGAAGACGUAAAAGAACUGAGGAACUUGGAAUAUCUAGACGUGAAACAGCAACAGGAUAACCUAGAACAGUAUCUCAUGGAAAACACGCCUUUAGAUUCCGAAGUGUAUCAGCCGAUGUUUGACGACGACGAGCUAGUGUUGGACGUGAAGAGGGAGCGAGCCAGCACGAGCUUCACGUCGGCUAGUUCCAGUGGCGUGAGUGAGAUGGACGUGGCGUCGCCGCCGCCGAACGUGAAGCUGGAGCCUGAUGAGGGCCAUCACAGUGGAGACGAGCUCACGCAAGAGGACAUGGAUCUCAUCGAGGUGCUGUGGAAGCAGGACGUCGAUAUGGGCUUCUCGCUCGAGGAUCCCAUACAUCCGUCGGCCCCGCACGCCACCAAGGUGGAGCUUGGAGACGAGAUCGACAAGGAACUGAAGAUCGCAGAAGAGAAGAUCCAGCAGAAGAAAGAAGAUAUCGAGAAGGUGAAGGCCUCGCUGCUCAACCCUGACGAUAAGGAGGACGACCCCUGGGCCGGCCUCUCCUACACCGUCGACACCGAGACCGGUGAAUACCUGCUUCAAGGUGAGCUGCCUCGCGAGCUCGUCAGCGGGGAGUCGCUGGAGCUGCUGGAGGAGGCGCUCCAGCUGGUGGAACUAGGAGACGAGGCCAAGGAUGAUCAGCCACAGGCGGUAGAGGGCAGCAGCAGCGACAGCGCCAUGCUGCACCCGGCGAUGCGGCAUGUGCCGCACCACCUCGCGCACUACCAGCACCAGUCGCUGAUGCGGACCAUGUCGGUGGAGCAGCGGUGGCAGGACCUGGCCUCGCUGCUGACCAUACCCCCGCCGCCUGAGCAGUACCAACACUACCAGCAUCACAACAUCAGCGCGCAUGCUCACGCGCACGGCGCAGGUGGCUACGCGCACAACUACCACGCGCCCAUCGCGCCCAUCCCCGACAAGCACCCUGACGCCUAUGGCGCGGCGGCGACGCCGCUCGAAGGCGCCUACAAGGCGGAGGCCCAUCCCCAUCAUCCGCAGCACGACAACAUCUACUACCAGAAUGGCACCGGCGAGAUGCCGCCUCCGCCAGCUUCGGAUGGCUUCCUGCAGUCCAUCCUCAACGACGAGGAUCUGCAGCUCAUGGACAUGGCGAUGAACGAAGGCAUGUACACGAUGCGUAUGCUGGACGGGGCCGCGGGCGGCCAUCACGCGCCCCACAACCACUCCCACAUGAUGAUUGCCGAGCGAGACUCGGCGUCCGAUAGCGCCGUCUCAUCCAUGGGCUCGGAGCGCGUGCCAUCUCUUUCUGACGGGGAGUGGUGCGACGGCAGCGACUCUGCGCAGGAGUUCCACAGCUCAAAGUUCCGGCCUUACGAUGGCUCGUACGGACGCGAGCGCUCCCACCAACCGCAGAAGAAACACCAUAUGUUCGGCAAACGGUGCUUCCAGGAACAAAACCAACCAGCGCCAUCUAUGGAGACCCUCACGCCGCGGCCGGCGGUCGUCAAGUACGAAUGCCCGGAGCAGGCGUACGCGCACGAAAACAUGCAUAUGCACAACGUGGAGUUCGGUGCGCGGCAGCUCGCGCACGCGCACGCGCACGCGCACGCGCCGCCCGCGCCGGCGCCCGCGCCCGCGCCCGCCGUAGCGCCCGCCCUGGACCUCAACACGGCGCACUCCAGCCAUGCUUUACUACAGAAUGGAUUAGCGUCGGGUCCGGCGCGGUACGCGUACGCGACGCCGGAGCGCGUGCGCCACAACCACACCUACUCCGCGCCCGGCCUGCAGCCCGAGCGGCCCGCCACCCGGGACAAGCGAGUGCGUCGGUUGACGGACGGCAGCGUGUCGGACGGCGGGUCGUGCGCCGGCGCCGGACACCUGUCGCGAGACGAGAAGCGCGCCAAGGCGCUCGGCAUCCCCAUGGAGGUGCACGACAUAAUAAAUCUGCCGAUGGACGAGUUCAACGAGCGGUUGUCGAAACACGACUUGAGCGAGGCGCAGCUAUCGCUCAUACGGGACAUACGACGCCGAGGCAAGAACAAGGUGGCAGCCCAAAACUGCCGCAAGCGCAAACUGGACCAGAUCACGUCGCUGGCCGACGAGGUGCGCACCGUGCGCGACCGCAAGGUGCGCACGCAGCGCGACCACCACACGCUCACGGCUGAGAGGCAGCGCGUGAAGGAACGCUUCGCCGCGCUCUACAGACACGUGUUCCAAGUGAGUAUACAAACUGGACCAGAUCACGUCGCUGGCCGACGAGGUGCGCACCGUGCGCGACCGCAAGGUGCGCACGCAGCGCGACCACCACACGCUCACGGCUGAGAGGCAGCGCGUGAAGGAACGCUUCGCCGCGCUCUACAGACACGUGUU